AUGUAUCAUGAAAAACUUACAAGCAAAGAACAAUCUGUUAUAUCUUUAAAUCAGAAAAAUCAAACUAUUAAAAUAAUAUCAACAACUUCAGCUUUUGGUAUAGAAAUUGGUCAAGCUGAAAGAUCAGAAUAA